AUGGCGGACCCCACCUAUAGGGCUGCUCAGCCAGGCGAAUUUUUCUGCCCAGCCGGAGGGAAAUGGUAUGCCUGCGAGUCCGGAACGAAAUUCAUAGGCUGCUGCCUUUCGGAUCCAUGUCAAAACAGUUGCCAUGGAAAUAGUCUUCGCCCAGCAGGUCGAUCUACUGCGCUUGACAACCAGUCUCCGGGUGGAUCUUGCGGUGGACAAACUCCGUUCUGGACUUGUGCGCAAGCACCCAGUUUCUACGGAUGCUGCAAUGAGGAUCCCUGUCUUAACAACUCAACAUGCCCGGAGGGAAAGCUAGAACCCGCGUUCUGGGACCGCCCGGAUCAGUACGAGUACUUCAAAGAUCUGAACAUCUUGCUUUCGUCGACUGCUCCCCGGUCAACAUCAAGUCCUACGCCAACUACUUCAAGCAAACCCAGCUCUGGCUCCAAAGUCUCUGGCGCAGUUAUUGGUGGUGCCGUUGGAGGAAGUCUUGCGUUUAUUGCAAUCAUCACAGCGGUAGUUUUUCUCCUCUGCCGCAGAAAGAGACGCAAUAGAGAACAAAGAAGCCGUAGCUCCUCUGGUGGGCCGAUGGAAGAGAACAAGCCUGAAGCUGGAGAGUUGGCAUCUCCAUUGUCCGCUGGUACAGCUCCCCCCACGUACUCAUGGGAUGCAAACGGCAACUCCCCAGUUCAACAACGCUGGGUCCACAAUCAUGCUUCUGGCCACGAACUACCAGGUGAAGACUCAAGAGAUCCCCAUCGCAGUCCGUACUCCGAACUACACUCGAAAUCUUCCCUCGCUCGGAUUGCUGAACUCCCCGGAGGCACUGGAGUAAAAGAGCUUGACACACCGGAAAUUACUCCUAAGCCUUCACAUAAAGAGUUUGAAAACGAUAUGGUAAAGCGGGAAUAUGGGCUGGGUCUCAAUACUACCCAAAAGGAAUCUGGAGAGAUUACGGGGAAACGCUAG